AUGGUUGAUGUUAAUGAGACAUGGCGAACAUUACAAGAGGGAUUAGAAUUGAUAUACGACCACAACUCCAAGGUUAUUGUUAAACGGUAUAUGGGCCUCUAUACGUAAGUUUCUUGGUUGAUUUUUGUGAUUUUAGGUAAAAAAGAAGAAGCUUUGAGGUGAAGAUUUUAAGAAAAUGUGGUUGUUGGUGUUCUUUAUUUAAAAAAAUGUUUGUGAUAAUACCUAAAAUAUUCAUUAUUCAGCGAAGUCUUUAACUUCUGUACCCGGCAUCCUGAAGAACAAAGCGAACCGCCACGAACUCGUAAUGGAAACCAGCGUGAACAGAAAGGUGCCGACUUUAUUGGAGCCGAACUAUACGUGAAGCUGAGAGAUUUCGUCACUGCUCACGUUCAGGAACAAUUGAAGCAGCUGGAUGGUCUUCAUGGUGAAGAUUUGUUACAGAAAUACACGGAGUUAUGGACUCGGUUCCAAUUCUCUUCGACCGUGGUUAAUGGUAUCUUCUCGUACCUGAAUCGGCAUUGGAUCAAGAGGGAGAUGGACGAAGGAAAGCUGAAGGUUGUCGAAGUAUAUAGUGUAAGUUGGAAUUGAUUUUGAGUUGUUUUUAAAACUUUUUACUUCAUUUUAUUAUUUAUUAACCUAUUCUGUUUUAGUUGACAGUCCUUAUGUGGCAAGAGCACCUUUUCGAGCCAAUCAAACGGAAUCUCACUCCAGCCCUGAUCAACCUCAUCAAACAGGAACGAGACGGAGAGAAGAUCACUACUCAACUCGUUAGUGGUGUAGUCAGUUCUUACCUUGAACUUGGUGUCAACGAACCGAAGGAAACUCAAAAAGCUUCUCUGGUUGGAUCAAAGGAACAGAACUCCGAAUUCAAGCUGGGUGUCUACCGUCGCGAGUUUGAAACUCCUUUCAUCGAGAACACUCGAGAGUACUACUCAACCGAAUCAGUUCAUUUUGUACAGAAUAAUUCGAUAACCGAGUACCUGAAGAAAGUCGAAUCAAGGCUAAGAGAAGAACGAGAUCGAUGCAUGCUGUAUCUUCAUCCUUCAAGUUUAGAUCCGCUAAUCAAGAUCUGCCAUUUGGUAUUGAUCAAGCAACAUCUUGCUGCCUUCAACGUUGAAUUUGAUCAGCUUUUGAACAACGAUAAAGACGAUGACAUGGCUAGGAUGUUCCACUUGUGUGAAAAUGUCGACGGUGCGUUGGACGACUUGAGAAAGUUGUUGGAAACUCACGUAGAGAAGGUUGGACGUGCGGCUAUAGCACAAUGCGCUACCACAGCUUUCCAGGACCCCAAGCAAUAUGUCAACAUCAUUCUGGGUGUCCACAAGAAGUACGAUGAGCUGGUUACAAAGAGUUUCAGGGCUGACACUGGUUUUGUUCAGUCGAUGGAUAAGGCCUUUACCUCUUUUAUCAACAAAAAUAAGAUUACGGAAAUGGCAAAGAGUCAGACGAAAUCACCGGAGUUGUUGGCCAGAUGCUGUGACAUGUUGUUGAGGAAGAGUGCCAAGAAUCCUGAAGACCGUGAACUUGAGGAAUUGCUCAAUCAAGUAGUAAGUACUUGUUUUGAAGAUUCUUUUGAUUUGAAUUAGUAAUUUAGGUAAUAUUUUCUAAUUAUAUUGUUUGCAGAUGGUUGUAUUCAAGUACAUUGACGACAAAGAUGUUUUCCAAAAGUUCUAUUCUAAGUUCCUGGCGAAACGCUUGGUCAACGAGCUCUCAUCUUCAGAAGAAGCCGAAUCGACCAUGAUCAACCAGUUGAAACAGAUGUGUGGUUUCGAAUAUACCUCCAAACUUCAGAGGAUGAUCACGGAUGCUACAUUGUCGAAAGAAAUAUCGGACCAGUUUAAGAAGAACUGUAUUGAGAAUGGCACAAAGACCGUCGACAUGGGCAUCAUGAUCCUGGCCAGUGGCGUGUGGCCUUUCAACAAACCCAUGACUUUUGAGCUGCCGCCAUCUCUCAACGAGUCCAUCGACACUUUUUCCAAGUUCUACGCUCAGCGCCACAAUGGAAGACGCCUCACCUAUUUGCUUCAGAUGUGCCGGGGUGAGGUCAUGAGUUAUACCCUUCCGAAGCGCUACACUUUCAUCACAACGGUGGCCCAGAUCUCGGUUCUGAUGCAGUUUAACAACAAAUUGUCUUACAAGGUUUCGGAAUUGUUGAAAAAUCUGAAUAUGACCUCGGAUUCGUUGGUGCCAGCACUUCAGUCGUGCAUCAAGGGAGAACUGUUUACCCUCAGUGGUGAGGUCAGCGACGAGAACACUGUAGUAACGCUGAAUGAACAAUUCUCUAACAGAAAAAUGAAGGUCGACUUGUCUAAGGUCGUAAUGAAGGCCGAGACCAAGAAGGAGAACGACGAAGUUCAACAAAGUGUGGAAGAAGACAGGAAGAUGGUUAUUCAGGUAUGUUUUUGGGGAUAAUUGAUUAUAUUGUUAUUAUAUAAGGGUUUCAAAUCUUUGUUUUUGGAAAAGGUGGAUUUUAGGUAACAAUAAGUAUGUUUAGCUAAUAAAAAGUAUAUUUUCUUAUAUUUAUUACCUUUUUAUGAUCUUUAAAUUAAGUGUUGUGUGUUUUAAUGAAAACGUUGAUUUUUGUAAUUUUUAAUACAUUUUUAUAUUUUUUUUUCAUAUUAAGUUUAAUUUGGUUCGUUUUAGGCCUGCAUUGUCCGUAUCAUGAAGACCCGGAAGAGUCUCAAACACAAUCUGCUGAUAAGUGAAGUUCUUGGCCAAUUGUCCUCCCGUUUCACGCCAAAAGUGCCGAUGAUCAAGAAGUGUAUUGACAUGUUGAUUGAGAAAGAAUACCUAAAACGUGCCGACGAAGGAAUGGACACUUACGAAUACCUGGCUUAA